UGUAGUUACCUGAUAUUGGCAUGCAUACAGCACAUUACUCAUCUUGUCACAUUGUAUCACAUGUCGCUCAUUCCAUUUGCAUGGCAACCACACAACGGCCGAACAGGGACUCACUCUGGCAGGUCAUUUCUUCCCACCAAUCACAGCUGGCUUGGCAAACCCGAAGCACAUGUUUCGCUGCUCCAGUGCCUUUCCGCUAUUUCAUAAGCGGGUCUCCUAUUGGUUAAGGGGCGGGAAGGUGGAAGCUCUGCACCAAUCAUCGUUCUAGUGUUGAAAAUGCAUGUAACACGUGCAUAUCCGGAAGUAGGAAGGACACAACGUGGAUUGUGAGGAGUGUUGUGCUCAGCUGGAUUCAUCAUGAUAACCCCAGCUUUUGAGAUAACUCAGGAUCCAGCCUUCCUUACAAUUGUAAUCAAGGUUCCCUACGCCAGAGUUUCUGAAGUUGACGUUUACAUUGAAGGAGAUGACUUCAAAUUUUAUGCCAAACCUUACUUUCUAAGACUGAGUCUCCCAGGGCGGAUUGUGGAAGAUGGACGACAAAAGGCCACGUACGAUGUUGAUAAAGGUGUUUUUACAAUUUGUGUUCCUAAAGAGACCCCAGAACAGCAUUUUGAGGGGCUCGAUUUGCUGACAGCCUUAUUGGCACCAAGAGGAACAAGAUCAUGUAAACCUCUGGUAGAAGAGAUUGGUUCUCAGAGUGAGCUUCCAGAGGAGGAGGAAGAGGAGGAAUUUGAUUGGCAGAUUGAGCAAACACCUUAUGAGGAACCCUCGGCUGAUGUACUUCACUGCAGUUAUGGCUUUGGCAAUUCACGCUCUGGGGUGUUCAGACGAUUGCAGGAUGAGCUGAAUGAUAUUAUUGACUUACGGGAUCCAGAUGUCACGCCAGUAUUGGAGCGCACACCGAAGCGUCUGGCAGCUGAAAAUUCCAAGUUUGACCCUGAUCAUUACCUAGCAGAUCUCUUCGAAGAUGAUGCCAUUCAGCAUUUGUUAAAGUACCAGCCAUGGUGGCUAGUGGCAUUAGAAGAAGCAAGCAGUGCGUCGGAAGAUAGUGAAAACAAGAAAGUUACUUUUAGCGAAAAGGAGAAAGAUCAACUGAGGCAAUUUUCAAACAAAUCCUAUUUGCUUGAUAAGAAAACGGAGCGUGUGGUGUUCCUGGGGCUGAUUGAUCUGCUGCUGGCAUACUGCUAUGAAAUCCGUGUUACCGAGGGAGAGAAAAAUGUGGAGUCUGCAUGGAACAUACGGAAACUGAGUGGAACCCUAAGCUGGUUUGAGAAUUACAACUCUAUUAAGGACGUGUUGGUGUCAUUCGGCAGAAGAGUUUUAUGCUAUCCGCUCUACAGACACUUCAGUUUGGUAACCAAGGCUAUGAAGGAUACAUUUUCACUGCUUAAACUCGGUAAAGCUGCAGUUUUGAAAUGUUUAUUGGAUAUCCAUGCUAUAUUUCAAGAAAAUGAUCCAGUGUACAUCCUUAAUGACUUGUAUAUUACAGACUACUGCAUCUGGAUUCAAAAAGUCAAAUCAAAAAAGGUGGCCUGUUUGUCAGGCAUUGUGCAGGAGGCUGGCCUAUCCAAGGCAGAUGUUGGGUUUGAGUUGGCAGAGCUAGAGGAAGCAGCUCGUCUCGUGCAAGAAGAAGAAGAAGAAGAAGAGGAUCUUCAGACUGCAUCAGACACUGGUCCCAGGCAACCAGCAGCCCUCCUCGUUUCAGAAACAUCCAGCAGUGAUUCCUCCUCUGAGACCGACGACGACUCAUCGAACAGCAUAGAGUCGGAAUCAGAGGAUUCGUCUGCAUCUCUCCAGAGAGAUACGGACAACCUUUACCUGGAGGACGUUGAGCAGAGCCAAAAACCACAGUCUACAGCUGAAAAUCCACACUUUUCAGGGAGCCCGACACCAGUUCCCUCCAAAGUGGUUGAAGUUAUAGAUGAAGAUUUUCAAGAAAUUACCCACUCUCUGCAUUCAUCAGUGCAUGGCCAAGAGGAUCCAGCAACAAACUGUGCUACCCUACUUCCAGAGAAUAUUACAGUGAAUCCCCCAGCCAGAGAAUACUUGGAAGUAACUCCAGGACCAAAUCCACUUCUCAUUAUUGGGCAGUCUGAUCAAGAGGGUAACGUAGCACUGGGGAAACCUGAGCCCUGCCCUACUCAAAUGUUGAACUAAAUACAUUGCUGUAUGGACCAAAUCUGAAUGUGUUUUCUUUUAUUCUGUACAAUUGACUUGAGUGAGUAA